UGAAUAUGAAUUUGAUUCUCCAUGAACCGUGAUCUUGUCUUUCGUUACCCCCGCCUUUUCCCUCAUCCUUCUCCACGUCUCUCUGCCCCUUCUACCAAGUUCAUCUUUAUAGCUUGAAACAUCUCUCUCUCUCGUCUCUGGUUUUCUAGAACAGAUAUAUAAUGAAGAAGAACUGUUAGUUCUUCAAUUAAUGCGGCUCCAAAAGCUCUUUCGUCGGCAAAAGGCGAAUUGCUCUUUUCCAGCUGCUUGUGAUUCACAGCUCGGAUCGCACACGCGGAAGCCUUUUUUAAAGAACUCGCAGAAAGGCUCGUUGGUUUGAAGGCUUGAAGUAAAGCACCAAUGCCGGAAAAAGGAGCGAAUUCCGUCUCCAACCCAGUGAUUUUCCGUCCAAACUUAUGGUUUCCGAUGCGUUUCCCGAUACUAACAGUGGCUGUUUUCCUGGGAAUGCUGUUCAUUUGGGGCAUCGAUGCAUCCACUAUCAAAUACAGUAUCAACGCGUGGCGGAUGCGGAGCCGGAAAGAUUAUAUGGCCCUCAAGAUUGAAAGUCUAGAAAAUCUAACCCACCAGACUUUCCAUGGUCUUGUGAAUGUUACACAGAAGUACCAUCGAAAGAGUUUGAACAGAGCACCGAGAAUGCCUCAUCUUGGUUGGAUUUCCGUCGAAUCGGAACCAGAUUUCACAUCGAAUCUGCUAUUUAGAUGGUUAACUCCGGGUGGUGAACCCUGUCGUGAUUCUAUGACGGGGGACAUUAGAAUCCCAGGUCUAGAUGACAAGAACCCAGUUACACUAUCUGCCGGAGAAAUUCACAGAUUCGUUAUUCAAGCCGUCGAUGGGAGAGGGAAUCCGCGCUGCUUGGGUGGAGACUACUUUGAGACGGACCUCUCCGGCGAGCUCUGGAAAUCUCGACCGCCUUUGAAGGACCAUGGCAAUGGCUCUUAUUCUAUCUACCUUCAAGUUCACCCUGAUUUCUCCGGUGAAUAUAACCUAACCGUUGUCCUCCUAUUCCGUCACUUCGAGGGUCUGAAAUUCUCGCCGGAGCGGUUCGCCUACCAGAGAGAGCUCCGCCGAAUUCCUAUCAGGUUCUUCCGAAGCAAUGCUCAACUUCCUGAACUACAAAUCUGUGAGAAAUCUGACUUCGCAAAGGACGUCUGGUCCGGUCGGUGGACUCGACUCGCGAAGAAUGAAGAUUGCGAGAUUAGCAGCGACGGUCGGUAUCGGUGCCUGAAGCCCGAUUUCCCCUGUCAGAAGCCAUGGUGUGAGGGUUCCUUAAGUUCACUAGAGAGCAACGGUUGGGUUUAUUCGAGCCACUGCUCGUUUCGGUUAUUCUCCGCAAACUUGGCUUGGGAAUGCCUGCAGAACCGAUGGAUAUUCUUCUGGGGCGACUCCAACCAUGUGGACACGAUACGAAACCUUUUGAAUUUCAUACUGGACUUGCCCGAAAUCACUACAGUCCCGAGACGAUUCGAUAACAACUUCACGAACCCAAGGAAUAAGACUCAGACAGUUCGAAUCACAAGCAUCUUCAACGGGCAUUGGAACGAGACUCAGAAUUACGAAGGCUUGGAUUCUCUCCGAGACGAAGGGUUUCGAAAUCUAGUGAAGCAGUACUUCAUCUCCGAACAUACAGUACCUGAUACGGUGAUCUUGAACUCGGGACUUCACGAUGGUGUCCACUUCAAGAACGUGAGGCAGUUCUCGGUGGGAGCAGAGCAGGCGGCGACGUUCUGGAAAGAAGUGUUGGAAGGGGUGAGUCAGAGGGGGGAACGCUCACCGGAAGUGUUUUUCCGGUCGACGAUCGCCACUGGUGGGUAUGCGAGGAGGUUAAUGUUCAAUCCGAGUAAGAUGGAGGCUUUCAAUGGUGUGUUAUUGGAGAAGAUGAAGCGCAUAGGGAUCGUGACGGGUGUGAUCGACGAUUUCGACAUCACGUACGCGUGGCACUUUGACAACCGUUGUAAUGAUGGGGUCCAUUACGGUAGGGCCCCUUUGAAGGCUAAGUGGAGGGACGGUGAGAUCGGGCAUCAUUACUAUGUUGAUCUGAUGCUGGGGCAUGUCAUACUCAACGCUCUCUGCACUAGCACAACAAAAUAGCAUAUCGAGUAAAAACCAGAUGACUCUUGGAGGGGAAGUCUGGAGGAUCAUUUGCUGAGAAGAUGGGUUGCAAAAUGGACUGUGGUGUAUAGUGUAUAGAGUAUAGAGAUGUAAUUACAAAAACAGGUGGGGAGUUUGGUGCAUGUGGAAAUGGGAGGAGCGGUCCCCGGUUGCAUGUGGGAUUUAAUGAUUUAUCGUGACCAUUAUCCCUUUCUGUGGAUGGAAUUUAGGUAUCCAAGUUCUGAGGGGGCCAUUCAUUCUAACCAUUCUCUAUUUGUUGAUUUUAUUUAUUUAUUUAUUUAUGUUAAUGGAUUUUCCCACCCA